UCCAAGGUUUAAGCCUUGCUCGAAGAGGUUGGCAUCAGCGCUCGAAGAAGUCGGCGGACUCAUUUGCGCGUUUUCCUCAUCGACCACGACCGCAGAGAUGCUGGAUAUCAAUAUCUUCAGGGCCGAGAAAGGCUUCGAUCCCGAGCGCAUCCGCGAGUCUCAGCGCCGCCGCUUCUCCUGCGUCGAGGUCGUCGACGAGAUCAUCAGCCUCGACAAAGAAUGGCGGCAGCGUCAAUUCGAGUUGGAGAAUCUCAGAAAAGACUUUAAUCGAAUCAACAAGGAGGUUGCACGCCUCAAAAUUGCGAAGGAGGAUGCGACGGAGAUGAUAAAUAGCACUAAUGAGAACAAGAAAUUGACUGCCGAGAAGGAGAUUGAGGUUCAACAGGCGAAGGCUGCGCUUGAUUCUAAGCUUGAGACGAUUGGCAAUCUUGUGCAUGACUCUGUUCCUGUUAGCAAUGAUGAGGCAAACAAUGAAAUAGUUCGAGUAUGGGGCGAUAGACGUAUGGAAGAAAAGUUGAAGAAUCAUGUUGAUCUUGUCAAGCUUCUUGACAUUGCUGAUCUUGAGAAAGGUGCUGAUGUGGCGGGAGGAAGAGGUUUCUAUUUGAAAGGUGAAGGUGUUCUACUAAAUAUGGCACUAAUAAACUUUGGGUUAGCAUUUUUGAGAGAAAGGAAGUAUGUUCCGAUGCAAACGCCCUUUUUCAUGAGAAAAGAUAUUAUGGGAAAAUGUGCACAAUUAGCUCAAUUUGAUGAAGAGCUAUACAAGGUUACUGGUGAUGGGGAUGAUAAGUACCUGAUUGCUACUGCUGAACAGCCAUUAUGUGCUUACCAUUUGAAUGAUAGAAUCUAUCCACAGGAUUUGCCAAUUAGAUACGCGGGAUACUCAACUUGCUUCCGGAAAGAGGCUGGUUCACAUGGUCGGGACACGUUGGGCAUUUUCAGGGUCCAUCAGUUUGAGAAAGUGGAGCAAUUCUGUAUAACCAGCCCAAAUGACAAUGAUUCAUGGGAAAUGCACGAGGAAAUGUUGAAGAACUCAGAGGACUUCUACAAGGAGCUAAAUCUCCCCUAUCAAGUUGUCACAAUCGUGUCUGGUGCUUUGAAUGAUGCAGCCGCCAAGAAAUAUGAUUUGGAAGCUUGGUUUCCUGCAUCAAAGACUUACAGGGAGCUCGUCUCUUGUUCUAAUUGCACUGACUACCAGUCGAGGAGACUAGGGAUAGGAUGUGGGCAGAAAAAGAAUGAUGAACAAGCAAAACAAUAUGUCCAUAUCCUGAAUUCUACCUUGACUGCAACUGAAAGGACCAUUUGCUGUAUCCUUGAGAACUAUCAGAGGGAAGAUGGGAUUGAAAUUCCUACAGUCUUGAGGCCAUUCAUGGGUGGCCAGGAGUUCUUGAGUUUUAAGUCUGCUCCAGAAACCAAGGCUAAGAAACCCUAAUAAGGCCAAGGGAAAUGCUGGUUUGCAAGCAGCACAACAGAAGUGACCAACUUUUGAAGUUUGGCAAAUUGUGCCAAGUUUGCAUUAUUGAGCUGGUUGUAUCAAUCUUAUAGAAAAUUCAUACUGAAUUUUCCAAAAGCAUCUAAAGAAGUGCGGCUGUCUUUGUUGCCCAACGGCGGAUGACACAGGAGUGUAGAAAUGCAUGAGCACUUUUACUGUUUUUUUUUUGUAAUAAGUAACGUUUAUUAAGGUAUUUUGAUUAUUGUGAUGAAACAAAAUCUAGUACCCUCAUCAUGGUAAUUGCAGGUGUAUGACUUUAAUUAUUGUGUGAUUUUAUUAAGGUGUCUUUUGUUGUCA